AAAGUGAGAGUAGAAAAGGAAGCGUGUACCACAUAUUUAAACUUCGGCUGAAACUUCAUGUAAUGGGUGGGUCUUGGUGACUCUAGACCUAGGGCUUAAACCUGUAACUAGCCUCGUAACCUCUUUGAGCCUUAACUUCCUCUUUUGUAAAAGGACGGGAGGACUGAUAACUUAAAAGUGGAUCUUUUAAAGGAUACCAAAAAGGGGGGCGGGGGGAAGGAAUAAGGAAUGUGAAAGAGCCUGACAUAUAGAAAGCACUAAGUAGUAGCUGUUGUAAUUUCCUUUUUGGGGAAAAUACCUUUUAGAUUCCUUGUAGGCCUCAAUUCUUCGUGUUGAACGUGAAGCAAGUAACUUUGAUCUGCUUUAUGAAUUACAAAUCCUUCUUGCCUCUGAAAAUGCAGUGUUAAACUAGGAAACCAAUGGGUGGGCUUGCCUCCAGUGUUAUUCUUUGUCAUCAAACAUUAAAUCCAGUUAUUGUGUCUUAGAAUAGUCUUGUUGCCCCUGCCUAGAAAUGUGAGGUUUACGUGUGCUCCUGUCCCUGCAAAGCUAGGUGAAGGCCUCACCUAACCACCCAGUAACUGGUUUGGGGGGUUUUGUUUUUACGAACCGAUGUCCUUCGUAACACCUGCGAAGGACAUCCCGGGAGAAAGGGAAGGGGUUCUGGUUUGGAUGACUGGUUUUAGCUGGACGGGAGCCCUAGGGAUCCGCUGUUAAACCAACAUUACCCAGUGAACACUCCGGGGGGGGGGGGUCAUUUCCAGCCUCCCUUCCUGCGAGAGGCAGCUUCUCGGGGAGCAGCCGUUCUAAUCCUUCUCUCAACAAGCAACCCAUAUACCUUCACUGCUGUCAAGAAGCCUUUGGUUUCAUGUAGAACCUUUUUGGGCAGCAGGACGUUGUAAAGGGUCAGGACUCAGACCCUGAAGCCAGGUGACCUCAGUUUCCACCAGGAAACCUUAGGAUAGUGUCUGACUCCUGUGGGCCUCAGUUCUCCUCUCCAAAGAAUGUUACCUAGUUUCCAGGGCUGUUGAGGUGCACAGGAGAUGGUCUCUGUGUGGCACCUAAAAUUGUGUCUUAGCUGUGGCCUACGCUCAACAAGUAUUUGGCAUUAGUCGUGGUAGCAUAGGAAACAGUGUGGUGAGCAACAGCUCAGCGGCUCGGUGGCAGAGGGGUCCGAGCCGUGUGGAGGAGUAGGAUUUAACAGGUUGGAGUGCCAGUGCAGGGGGCACCUCCAGUCAGUGGAGGAGUCUUGGCCAGAGCCCCUGAGAUGAAAGAGUGGGGUGGGACCCACCAGUUCGGUAAACAAGGUGGAUCAGCAUAACCUAGAAAUGGCACGAUGGGGACUGAAGUUUUUCCUCCUCCACACCCAGUGCAGGCAAUCGAAAGUUUUCAAGCGGAGCGCAGUUGCCAUCAGAUUAGCUUUUUGGAAAGAUUGUGCCUGCGGUAGUGUGGGAUUGGAUUAAGCAUAGGGAAGGCCCAUCCAUCCACUUGUCCUGGCAGCUUUUUGUCUGCCUGUGACUCAAAAAGGAAAAUGACUGCUUAGCAGAGACAGGCAUUUCUUUCCAAAUCUGGAAGCUUGCAGAGCAUUUGCAGAAGGCAUGAAGUAGCCUUGAGAUCAUCGCAGGCAGCCUUACCUCUUAAAGGUUGUUUUCAGGGAUAGUGUGUAGACUGAUCACGAGGCCAAGCUCUCCCCCAAACACCUCCCUGUGAAGAGGGGGUCACCACAUGUUCAAGUCUUUCCAAUUAUAGGACCCUCUCAGUUCCUCUAUUUUGAACAACUGGAUGCCGUUUGGGAAGUACAUGUUAUGUUAAAACAACCUCAGUUGUUGCUACUUUGAUUGUAUAUUUUGGUGUACAACGAAUCAGUCCAGUCAUUGAUGUCUGAAAAAAUAUUCUGCCCUCCUGAAUAGGUAUUGAUGGCUUCAGCUGGUUGAGAUUUCCAAUGAGAGCAUGGUGCGUGGAUUCAGAAAGCAUUCUAUCACAGCUGAUUUGGUAAAUGUGAAGGUGACGUGCUGUAGAAAAUGGAAUUUGAUCAUUCAGAGGAGCUUACGUGACCACAGAGACACUGAUAUGUGGAAGAUGAAAGUGAAAUAGAAUAAAACUGUUUCAUGAAUUAACAUUUGCCCUAUAUAACAUAUCUUUAAAGGUCAUGAAACGAGUGCGCAGCGAGCAGGUCCAGAUGGCGGUGUCCUGCUACCUCAAGCGCCGGCAGUACGUGGACCCCGACGGCCCCCUAAAGCAAGGACUGCGGCCGUCACAGACCGCCGAGGAGAUGGCGGCCAGCCUCACAGUCCAAUCCGAAUCCGGUUGUGCCAACAUCGUGUCUGCAGCCCCUUGCCAGGCAGAGCCCCAGCAAUAUGAAGUGCAGUUUGGACGACUACGGAAUUUUCUCACUGAUUCUGAUUCCCAGCAUAGCCACGAAGUGAUGCCUCUCCUCUAUCCUCUCUUUGUCUACCUCCACCUCAACCUGGUCCAGAACAGUCCGAAGAGCACAGUGGAAAGUUUUUACAGCCGCUUCCAUGGGAUGUUUCUGCAGAACGCCAGCCAGAAGGAUGUCAUCGAGCAGCUGCAGACCACUCAGACCAUCCAGGACAUCCUGUCCAACUUCAAGCUCCGAGCAUUCCUAGACAACAAGUACGUGGUCCGCCUCCAGGAAGACAGCUACAACUACCUUCUCCGCUACCUCCAAAGUGACAACAACACCGCCCUGUGCAGAGUGCUCACCUUGCACAUCCACCUGGACGUGCAGCCCGCCAAGAGAACAGACUACCAGCUCUACGCGGGCGGCGGCUCCUCCCGCAGCGAGGGCAACGGCCUGGAGCCCAGCGACGUGCCCGCCCCCAUCCUGCAGAACGAGGCCGCCCUGGAGCUCUUGCAGGACAGCAUCAAACGCGUCAAGGACGGCCCGCCCUCCCUCACGACCAUCUGUUUCUAUGCCUUCUACAACACGGAGCAGCUGCUGAACACCGCGGAGAUCUCCCCGGACAGCAAGCUGCUCGCGGCGGGCUUCGACAACUCCUGCAUAAAACUGUGGAGUUUGCGAUCCAAGAAGUUAAAAUCAGAGCCCCAUCAAGUCGACGUGUCUCGCAUCCACUUGGCUUGUGACAUUCUGGAGGAGGAGGACGACGAGGACGACAACGCGGGCACGGAGAUGAAGAUUCUACGGGGACACUGUGGACCAGUGUACAGCACGAGGUUCCUCGCGGACAGCUCAGGGUUGCUCUCUUGUUCCGAAGACAUGUCCAUUCGGUACUGGGACCUCGGGAGCUUCACCAACACUGUGUUAUACCAGGGACAUGCCUACCCUGUGUGGGAUCUGGACAUUAGCCCGUACAGCCUGUACUUCGCCAGCGGGUCCCAUGACCGCACCGCGAGACUAUGGUCAUUUGAUCGGACGUACCCACUGAGAAUAUAUGCCGGACACCUGGCAGACGUGGACUGUGUCAAAUUCCACCCGAAUUCCAACUACUUAGCCACGGGCUCAACCGACAAGACUGUGCGGCUGUGGAGCGCCCAACAGGGGAGCUCAGUGAGGCUCUUCACCGGCCACCGCGGCCCUGUCCUCUCUCUCGCCUUUUCUCCCAAUGGUAAGUACUUGGCAUCGGCUGGCGAGGACCAGCGGCUGAAGCUGUGGGACUUGGCCUCUGGGACGCUUUAUAAAGAACUGAGGGGCCACACGGACAACAUCACCAGCCUCACGUUCAGUCCAGACAGCGGUCUGAUCGCCUCCGCGUCCAUGGACAACUCGGUGCGCGUCUGGGAUAUCAGGAACACCUACUGCAGCGCACCUGCCGACGGCUCCUCCGGCGAACUCGUGGGCGUGUACACCGGGCAGAUGAGCAAUGUGCUGAGCGUGCAGUUCAUGGCCUGCAACCUCCUCUUCGUGACCGGAAUUACACAAGAAAAUCAGGAACAUUAAUUAUGGUUUUGUUUCCUUUUUAAUCUUUGUUGUAACGGACUGGGACAGUGGUGGAAGGGCUCCAGGUUGCAAGUCUUAGGACAAAUUGAGAUUGAAUCACUGAUUGACUGUGAAAGACUCCCCGCUUCUCCCCCUCCUCCCGUGCAGACCUCCUGAGCUCGUCCCCCCUUCAUUCGGUCCCCCAAUGGUGGAAGGACUGGGGGCGGUGCUGGAAUCGGACGUGAGAUGGAGAGUUAGGAGGCCCUGGAGGUCAGAUUGCAAGUUCUUACAAAGAUGCCCCUGUGCCCUGGUGCGAGCACCUUCCUGUCUCUGUCUCACUUCCCUGCGUGUGAGCCCGACCUGCUGCUCCCCUCCCGCCUGCCCAGGGAUGGCCGCAGGGUGCGGGACAGUGCCCCAGGGUGGAAGGGGGCUUCACUGGUGUAGGAAUGAGGGGGUGGGAACCAGGAACAGGGCGGGGAGAGUCCUGGCAAAAAUUCUUUCCUUUUCCGUGAUUACAGAGAACCAGGAUUUUUUUUAUUAUUAUAAUUAUAAUUAUUAUUAUUAUUGAGAAGAGGAAACCUAGCACUGGCAGAGGGGCUUUCUCUGCUCUCAUCUUUCAGGUUUUACUCCUGGCACUGGCCGUGAUACUUGGAAUCUUGAGGUUCAGGGAAUUCAGAGAAUUUUGUAGCACAGUGUUUUGGGAGAAAGGGACAAUUUCUGGGUGACGGCUGACAUGUUCCUAGAAGUGGGCGACUGGGUCUGUGUGAGCGCGUCCUGGGCUCUCGCGGUGCCGGCGGGACAGGGACAUCUCCUCGAGGCUGCACUUCUGUGAACACUUCUCUCCCCUGGAAGGACAGGUUGCGGUAAAGAAAUGAAAAUUAAUUGAAGUGAUAAGUGAAAAGAUAGGAUUAGGAAAUGGUAAAUUUCCAGAAGCCCGUCUAUUCGGAGGUGUGGCUCCUCAGCAUCCUCUGCUUCUGCGGUGUCGUCGGCUGCCACCUCGCGCAGCGCAGCAGCGGCGAUGAACAGUGUGGGACAAACCGUUACACACACACGCACGCGCAUCCAGCUGUGCUUUGAGGAUAAAGCAGGUUCGAAUUCAUGGAAAAAGGAUUAAAUAUUUCUGUUUUCUGAAAAGAA